ACCCGUGUGGCAGAAUUCUGGACAUACUGUAGCCGGGGAAAGUGGAUGGAAGGCCAGACAGAAUGGAAUUACGGUAGUCCAAGCGGGUGAACACAAAUGCAUGGACUGGGGUUUCUGCAACAGUAUUUGAGUGAAAGUAGCCGUAAUACAUCUGUUCAGGAACUCAGUCGAAACAGGGAACGCUACAGUGUCAUUUUAAGUUCCAAGUUUUGUUCAAGAAUUUAUGCUCAAGUGGAUUCCUGUCUUGCUUUGCUAUUCAUUUGGUUUUCUUGCUGUUCAUCUGAAGGAAAAGAAAAAAAAUGUUGCUCAACAACACUACCACUUACGAUUACGACUACAUCAUUGCCACUUACGAUUACAACAACAAAACUACCACUGACGAUUACAACAAAACUACCACUGACGAUUACAACAAAACUACCCCUGACGAUUACGACGCUCAUGUGAGAGGAGCUCUUAUGUACAUGUACGUCAUAACGUACUCCUUGAUCAUUCUGCUGGGUCUUCCGCUCCACACGCACGUGAUCUGCACCAUCGCCUGCAAGAUGGAGAGGAGGACGGCGGCGACCGCCUGGUUCCUCGGGCUGUCCGUCGGGGACCUCAUCGUCAUCCUCCUCCUCCCCUUCCGCAUCGUCUCUGCCCUGGAAGACUUCACCUGGCGGUUCCAGGGCGCCCUGUGCAGGGCCUGCUCGUACCUGGCAUUCCUGAACAUGCACUCCGCCGCCCUGCUGCUGGCCUUCCUGGCCGUGGUCCGGAGCCUGCCCGGUGGAUUCUGCCACAGGCGCGCCGUGCCCAACGCCGCGGUCCUGGCAUCCUGGUUCGCGGGGGCCGUCCUGAGCAUCCCGUCGCUCCUGUACAGAGGCACGGAGGACACCAUCCGCGGGACGGUGUGCCGCGAACAGGAAGCCGUGGCGAUAGCGGGCGUGCGCUUCCUGUCCGGCUGGCUGUUUCCCUUCUGCGUCGCGCUCGUCUGCUCCUGCCUGGUGUCCAUGAAGAAGAAGGGCUUCAAAAUCAGGAACACCCAAGACUACCAGGUCGUCAGGCUCAUGAUCGCGGCGUUCCUCCUGUGCUGGCUGCCGUACCACGUCCUCGCGCUUCUGAGCGCCUACAGAGCGGACGUCCCCGAGGGUCUGCUCAGAGUCGGGCGGCCCAUUAGCACGGUACUGGCGUUCUCAAGCAGCUGCAUGAAUCCCAUAAUAUACAUGGCCGUGCGCAGGAGCGUGGACAUGCGCUGGAUGCAGCACGCCUUCUCCACCAGAAGAGGCAGCGGCAGCCCGAUGGCCGGCGAGGACACAGCUUUAUAGGAUACUCACUCGUCACGCACCACGGGCAGGAGAGACUUCGAGGAAGGCCAUUCAUAAACAAUCCAUCCGUCAUUCAUUGUUUUCCCCCCAAUACUGGACAUUCUGUAUCUUGUCAAACCUUCAAUACCUUUUCAGUGGAUUCGUUCAGCUCUGCUUUUGUCCAAAGUGACAAAGCCUAAUUUUUAUCUUAACGUGUGCACAAAACUGUUUCUCAACAUAACUCUCUGAACACUCGUUGCCGGCAAAAUAAAACAAGAUGUAAUGCAACGAUGUGUGUUAACCGACGCUUGUAAGUGUGCUCGACAGCUAUAACCCUCAUAAGACACAGGGGGGAGUACAGCCACCAUGACAAAUAAUGGUGACAGUAAUGACGUAUUUGGGGAAGGAACAAUUGUUUUAGCGAAACCAAUAACAUCUGCUACUUAUAAAUGAAACAGGAAGUAAGCACCUUUGACCAGUGUAUAUAUAUAAUGCAAGUUUGUAUUUCAGCAUGUUUUCUAACCAGACUGACAUCCGCAUUUGAUCAUAAAGGUAAGAUUUAAAGUUAAGCCUUUUUUUUAUUUUUUAAACCUUCGCAUGGUUUUUUGGUUUUCUUUUUUAAUAUAUGUAUAAAGAUGGCACUUACUGUUGAUUGCAGCUGAAUGAAGUGGGAAUAAAUACAUUAUUUAUGGCUA